GAUAUUAUUGCGGGAAAGUUUAUCAAGUUCUAAGUUCUAACGGAAGAUGUCAUCGCCAGGUACAACUCCUCGUCGUAGCAAACGAGGCAGAUCAUCGGAACCAGGGAGUCCAAAUGAAAAUCAAGAUCAUGAAGAUGGUAACAAAACACCAUCCAGACGCAGUACAAGGUCUGCAGCCAGCACACCAUCGGGUCGAAGUACAAGAUCAGGGGCCAGUACUCCAUCAUCUUCCCGAAAGAGUGCACGUAAAAACAAGAAUGACGAGGGUGCCAGCUCCCCACCGUCGCAGAGGAGACGUGUCGAUGCGUCACCCGGCAGUGAACUCGCACAGAUGCCGAUGACCCCGUUGUCCGGGCAACAAGGGGAGGAGUCGCUGUUUUCAAGUCCUCAAAAUAGAGUGCCCACGAGCGAGAUAGAUCUGAGUUCUCCGUUGAAUUACGGCACCCCGAGUUCCCGUGGGGGUCUUGGUACUCCAGGCACGCCCGGCUUGGGGGCCACACCAGUGAGACAACGGACCGACAUCAGAAGCACAAAGAAGAUGAAAACUGUCGUCAUCGGAGGGUCAGAACCAUCGGAGCCGACACGUGUGACAAGUGAACUGGGUUCCGAUGUGACCGCCGGUCCGCAGCUUGUUAUCUGGGGGACUGAUGUCGUCGUCAGUCACUGCAAGGAGAAAUUCCGUCGAUUCCUCACACGGUUCGUUGAUCAGUCCAUUGACGAGGAUGAGCAGUUUGAAGGGAUGGACAUCAAUGAACCAUAUUAUCUACAGAAACUGGCCGAGAUUAACGUGAUUGGAGAGCCGUUCCUGAACAUAAACUGCAAGCACCUGAAUGAGUUUGACAGCGAGUUGUAUCGACAGCUCGUGUGUUACCCGCAGGAAGUGAUCCCCACGUUUGACAUGGCCGUCAACGAAAUGUUCUUUGAUAAAUAUCCCGACACCGUUCUAGAGCACCAGAUUCAAGUUCGGCCGUUCAAUGCGGAGAAAACGAAGAACAUGAGGUCUCUUAAUCCAGAGGACAUUGAUCAGCUGAUUUCCAUCGCGGGUAUGGUGAUCCGCCUGUCUCCGCUGAUUCCGGAGAUGCGCGAGGCGUUCUUCCAGUGCAACGUGUGUGGCAACAGCACGAUGGUAGAGAUUGACCGCGGCCGCAUCAUCGAGCCGACGCUCUGCCGAAACUGCAACACCAACCACGCGUUCAUGCUCAUCCACAACCGGUCCCACUUCAGCGACAAACAGAUGGUCAAACUACAGGAAUCGCCAGAGGACAUGCCCUCUGGGCAGACCCCCCACACAGUGAUCUUGUACACCCACAAUGACCUGGUUGACUCUGUCCAGCCGGGCGACCGCGUCACAGUGACGGGGAUCUACCGUGCGACACCGCUCCGUGUCAAUCCACGGAUGAGCAACGUCAAGUCCGUGUAUAAGACUCACAUCGACGUCGUGCACUUCCGCAAACUCGACCAGAAGAGACUCCGCGAACAGAAGGAUGAGGAUAUGGGAAAGGACAUGCUGUACCCCCCUGACACGGUGGACAUGAUCAAGGAGCUGUCACAGAAACCUGACAUCUACGACAGACUGGCUCGGGCUAUCGCUCCAAGCAUUUAUGAAAACGAUGACAUUAAAAAAGGAAUAUUGCUACAGCUCUUUGGUGGAUGUCGUAAAGAUUUCACUAAUUCUGGACGAGGAAAAUUCAGGUCUGAUAUCAACAUUCUAUUGUGUGGAGACCCGGGCACCAGCAAGUCUCAGCUGCUGCAGUACGUCCACAACCUGGUCCCUAGGGGCCAGUACACGUCCGGCAAGGGAUCCAGCGCGGUUGGCCUCACGGCGUACGUUACGAAAGACCCCGAGACCAGGCAGCUAGUAUUACAGACAGGCGCUCUGGUUCUGAGUGACAAUGGUGUGUGCUGUAUCGACGAGUUCGACAAGAUGAGCGACAGUACGCGAUCAAUUCUACAUGAAGUUAUGGAACAGCAAACCCUGUCGAUAGCGAAGGCGGGUAUAAUUUGUUCUCUGAAUGCGAGGACGUCCAUCUUGGCAGCGGCGAAUCCCAUCGAGUCGCAGUGGAACAAGAACCGCACGAUCACCGACAAUAUCCAGCUUCCUCACACACUGCUGUCCAGAUUCGACCUGAUCUUUUUGAUCCUCGACCCUCAGGAUGAAUUGUUCGACAGACGUCUUGCAAACCAUCUCGUAUCUCUGUACUUCCGCAGCCCGGAGGAGGACAAGGAUGAAUGCAUGGACAUGAACAUUCUGAAGGAGUACAUUGGCUAUGCCAAGCGGUACAUCCAGCCCAAGAUAAGCGAGGAGGCUGGGCAGGCGUUCAUUCAGGCGUACGUCGAGAUGAGGAAGGUGGGCAGUAGCCGUGGACAGAUCUCCGCAUACCCUCGACAGCUGGAGUCGCUCAUUCGACUUGCUGAGUCCCACGCCAGAAUGAGGCUGUCGGAAGUUGUUGAAAUAGCUGAUGUCGAAGAAGCUAGGAGACUGUACAGAGAAGCUCUAAAACAGGCUGCCGUUGACCCGUCUACUGGUAAGAUCGACAUUACGAUCCUGACGACGGGAAUCAGUGGAGCGGCGCGCAAGAGAAAGGCCGAGGUGUCGCAGGCUCUCCGGAGACUCAUACAGGAAAAGGGAGAAAAGGGCAAACUGGUCACGCUCAAACACCAGAAACUCUAUGAAGAUUUCAGGGAGAAGUCCGACUUUCCAAUCACGAAGGAUAUGUUCGAUGAUGCCCUACGUGAACUUCAAGAUGAAGACUUCCUGAUCGUCACUAACAAGGUCAUACGACUCUGUGCAUAGUUCAAAACAAAAGAAAGAAAUCUGCAUUGCAGAUUGAAAGAACAAAGAAGAAAUUUAAUUUAGUAAAUUGAAACAUUUGAGAAAUAACCAAAUUGUUAUUUCUGUCAUAAUUAAAAAAAGAAAAAAUCCUCAGGGAUAUAAAAAAAACACCAUUUAACCAUUUGACAAAUAGCUGAAUUGCUAUUUCUGUAUAUAGCUCACGUAGAACACUUGAAAUAAUGGACCCCAGUUAAAAUAAUAAAAGUUAAAAUACUGUCUUUAUAUUCUUACUAAUAGCGUCAAAUACCAGAACAUUGCAUUUACUUGUAAAUAAAUAUUAAAAUUGGAAAUUGUA